GAACUUGAUGUUGAAGGUCCAGGCGUAGACCUAGAAGCACCAGACAUCCAUCUGAAAGGUCCAGAAGGCAAAUUGAAAAUGCCCAAAUUUAAAAUGCCCAGAUUUGGUAUGUCUGGUCCUAAUGUAGAGGGUCCAGAUAUUGAUGCUAGCCUUCCUAAAGGAAGUAUCGAUAUAUCUGGUCCAGGUGUGGAUAUUCAGGCUCCUGAUGUAGACAUUGAGGGACCAGAAGGCAAAUUGAAAGGCCCCAAGUUUACAAUGCCCAAAGUGAAUAUAGGUCUACCAAAUGUACCAAAAGUAUCAAUGCCUGACUUUGAUCUUAAUCUGAAAAUGCCAAAGUUAGAAGGAGAUUUGAAAGCUCCCAAAGUUGACAUCAAAGGCCCAGAAGUUGACCUUGAGGCUCCAGAUGUAGAUAUGGAUGGAAAAGUAAAAGGUCCUAAGUUCAAGUUACCUUCAAUGCCAAAAAUGUCAAUGCCUGAUAUUGACUUUCAUUCUAAAGGUCCUAAAAUAGAAGGAGAUUUGAAAUGCCCUAAAGUAGACCUUAAAGCCCCAGAACUUGAUGUUGAAGGUCCAGACGUAGACCUAGAAGCACCAGACAUCCAUCUGAAAGGUCCAGAAGGCAAAUUUAAAAUGCCCAAAUUUAAAAUGCCCAAUUUGGGGGGUUCUGGUGCAAAGUUGGAGGGUCCAGAUUUUGAUGCUAACCUUCCCAAAGGAAGUCUUGAUGUAUCCGUUCCAGAUUUAAAUGUUAAGGCUCUUGAUGUAGAUCUUGAGGGGCCAGAGGGCAAAUUAAAAAGCCCCAAAUUUAAAAUGCCAAAAGUUUCAGUGCCUGACUUUGAUCUGAAUCUGAAAGGUCCAAAGUUAGGAGAUUUGAAAGGCUCAGAAGUUGACCUCCAGGCUCCGGAUGUAGAUAUUGAUGGUAAAGUAAAGGGUCCCAAGGUCAAGUUACCCUCAAUGCCAAAAAUGUCAAUGCCUGAUAUUGACUUAAAUUUUAAAGGAGAUUUUAAAGGCCCUAAAGUGGACAUCAAAGCCCCAGAGCUUGAUUGUGAAACUCCAGGAGUAGAAAUAGAAGCACCAAAUAUCAACCUAAAAGGCCCAGAAGGAAAAUUUAAAAUGCCCAAAUUUAAAAUGCCCAAAUUUGGGGGUUCUGGCCCAAAAGUGGAGGGUCCAGAUAUUGAUGCUAACCUUCCGAAAGGAAGUCUUGAUAUAUCAGGUCCAGAUGUAGAUGUUAAGGCUCCUGAAGUGGACAUUGACAGUAAAUUUAAAAGCCCUAAAUUUGAAAUGCCCUCAAUGCAUUUCAAUUUACCAGAGGUAUCAAUGCCUAAUUUUGAUCUAAAUCGAAAAGGUUCCAACUUGGAUAGUAAUGUAAAAGGUCCUAAAAUGGACAUCAAAGGUCCAGAAGUUGACCUUGAGGCUCCAGAUAUAGAUGCUGAUGGUAAACUAAAAGGUCCUAGAUUUAAAAUGCCUUCACUACAUUUUCCAAAAAUGCCUGAUGUUGAUCUUAGUCUGAAGGGCUCUAAAGUAGAAGGAGAUUUGAAAGGUCCCAAAGCUGAAGUGAAGAUUCCAGAGCUCAAUGUUGAAACUCCUGAUAUUGAUUUAGAAGUCCCUGAUGCAAAUAUUAAAGAUCCAGAAGGAAAACUUAAAAUGCCCAAGUUUAAAAUGCCAAAAUUUGGUAUUUCCCGACCAAAAGUUGAAGGUCCUAAUAUAGAUGUUGAUCUAAAUGUAAAAGGGCCUAAAUUGAAAGGAGGGGUAGAUGUUGAUCUACCAAAGGUAGAAACAAAUUUGAAAGGCCCUAAUAUUGACAUGAGAGGGCCAGCACUUGGUAUUGAUACAGGGCUUGAUGCAGAGGGCCCAGAGGGAAAACUGAAGAUGCCUAAAUUCAAAAUUCCAAAGUUUGGGUUUUCAGGACCCAACGUUGAAGGCACUGAAGUGGAUAUUAACCUUCCAAAAGCAGACCUUAAUCUGUCUGGCCCAGAUGUGGACAUUGAGGGACCUGAAGGUAAACUGAAAGGUCCUAAAUUUAAGAUGCCACCAUUUAACAUUGAUUUCCCUAAUGUAACUAUGCCUGAUAUUGAUCUGAGCAUGAAAGGCACAAAAUUAGGUGAUAUCAAAGGUCCUAAAGUUGAUAUUAAAAAACCUGAGGUGGAUAUUGACAUUCCUGAUGUAGGUGUUGAUGGAAAGGUUAAGGGACCGAAAUUCAAAGUGCCAUCAGUAAAUCUCCCUAAUGUGUCUAUGCCCAAUAUUGAUUUGAAUUUAAAAGCCCCAAACUUGAAAGGAGGGACUGAUGUUUCUCUCCCCAAAGUGGAAGGCAAGUUAGAGGGCCCAAGCAUUGAUGCUGAUCUUGAUAUCACAGGGGCAGGAUUGGAUAUUGAGGGGCCUGAAGGUAAAGUUAAAAGUCCCAAAUUUAAGAUGCCCACAAUGAAUUUUCAUCUGCCUAAGGGAUCUAUGCCAGAUAUUGAUUUAAGUAUGAAAGGUCCCAAACUAGGAGAUGUGAAAGGGCCUAAAAUUGAUGUUGAGGCACCUGAGAUGGACCUUAAGGCUCCUGAUUUGGAUCCUGAUGGAAAAGUAAAGGGCCCAAAAUUGAAGAUGCCAUCAGUAAAUCUCCCAACUGUGUCUCUUCCUGACUUUGGUUUAAACAUCAAAGGUCCUAGCUGGAAAGGAGAAGCAGAUGUUUCUUUACCCAAAAUAGAAGGAGAAAUUAAGAGACCCAAUGUUGACAUAAAGGGCCCACAACUUCAAUUAGAGACUUCAGAUGUUGAUAUAGAGUGCCCUGAAGGUAAACUGAAAAUGCCUAAAUUUAAAAUGCCAAAGUUUGGGUUUUCAGGGUCCAAUAUUGAAGGAGUAGAAGGCGAUAUAAAAACACCUGAAAUGGAUAUUGAGGGUCCUGAGGGCAAGAUUAAAGGCCCAAAAUUUAAGAUGCCUAAAUUGGAUAUUAAUAUGCCCAAUAUGCCUGAUAUAGAUCUUGGUGUAAAAGCUCCCAAACUAAAAGGGAGUGUGGACAUAACUGACGGAAAUCUGGAGGCUGAUAUAAAGGUUCCAAAGGCUGAUAUUAAAGGUCCUGAUGUUGAUAUCCCCAGCCCAUCUCUAUCUGUAGAGCUACCUGAAGGUAAAGUUAAAGGUCCCAAAUUUAAAUUGCCAUCAUGGGGAUUUUCAAAACCAAGUGUAUCAAUGCCAGAUUUAGAUCUUAAUCUGAAAGGCGGUAAGGUUAAAGGUGACAUUGAUGCAACAAAGGGAGGUAGUCUCAAAGGCCCCGAAUUAGGAAUAGGUUUGCCAGAAGCAGACAUUGACAUGCCAGAAACAAAAACUAAAAAAUCAAAAUUUAGGCUGCCCAAAUUUAAUUUCUCAGCUCCCAAGGUACAGACACCCAGUGCUGAUAUAAAAGCUCCAAAAGCUGAUAUUGAAAUCGGUGGUCCUGAUGUAGAAAUACCAAAUCUAGAGGCAAAAGGUAAAAGUCAUAAAUUCAAAAUGCCUUCAUUAAACAUAACAGGUCCCAAAGUGUCUAUGCCAGAUGUUGAAUUAAACAUGAAAGGACCAAAGUUAAAAGGAGAUAUGGAUGUGUCUGUUCCAAAGGUUGAAGGUGAAUUACAUGGCCCCAAGCUUGAUAUCAAAACACCUGAUUUAGACUUGGAGACACCAGAUGUUUGUAUAGAUGGUGCAGAAGGUAAAGGAAAGCUUAAAAUGCCCAAAUUUGGUAUUCCUAAAUUCGGAUUUUCUGGCACCAAACCAGAUGCUCCAGAUAUUGAUCUAAAAUUUCACAAACUACCUACUUCUGAUGUAGACUUUGAAACUCCAAAUGUAGAUAUUGAAGGAAAACUUAAGGGUUCCAAAGUUAAGAUGCCUUUUCCAGAUGUUGACCUAACUCUUAAAGGUCCUAAGCUUGAAGGAGACUUAAAAGAUCCCAAAGUAGGCCUAAAACACCCAGAAAUUGACAUUAAAGCAACAGAUGUAGAUAUUGAUGGUAAAAUAAAAAGUCCCAAGUUUAAGCUACCUUCACUGCAUAUGCCAGAAAUGAAAGUACCUGAUAUUGACCUAAAUUUGAAAGGUCCUAAUCUGAAAGGUCUAAAGUUUGAAGGAGAUUUGAAAGGUCCCAAAGUUGACAUCAAAGGCCCAGAAGUUGAUGUUGAGGCUCCAGAUGUAGAUAUUGAUGGAAACGUAAAAGGUCCCAAGUUCAAGCUACCUUCAAUGCCAAAAAUGUCAAUGCCUGAUAUUAAUUUGAAAGGUCCUAAAAUAGGUGGAGAUUUGAAAGCUCCCAAAGUUGACAUCAAAGGCCCAGAAGUUGACCUUGAGGCUCCAGAUGUAGAUAUGGAUGGAAAAGUAAAAGGUCCUAAGUUCAAGUUACCUUCAAUGCCAAAAAUGUCAAUGCCUGAUAUUGACUUUCAUUCUAAAGGUCCUAAAAUAGAAGGAGAUUUGAAAUGCCCUAAAGUAGACCUUAAAGCCCCAGAACUUGAUGUUGAAGGUCCAGGCGUAGACCUAGAAGCACCAGACAUCCAUCUGAAAGGUCCAGAAGGCAAAUUGAAAAUGCCCAAAUUUAAAAUGCCCAGAUUUGGUAUGUCUGGUCCUAACGUAGAGGGUCCAGAUAUUGAUGCUAGCCUUCCUAAAGGAAGUAUCGAUAUAUCUGGUCCAGGUGUGGAUAUUCAGGCUCCUGAUGUAGACUUUGAGGGACCAGAAGGCAAAUUGAAAGGCCCCAAGUUUACAAUGCCCAAAGUGAAUAUAGGUCUACCAAAUGUACCAAAAGUAUCAAUGCCUGACUUUGAUCUUAAUCUGAAA